UUCUGACCAUGCUUUGGUUUGUUUAUGAAAAGGUUCCUGUCUCAAAACAAGAAGUUGAAUUAAGAAUUUAAAAAUGUUAUGAUAAAUGUGUCAUCCAGGUUUUUCCUCAUUGUGGUACGUUCAUUCAUACAUCGUAUAUAUUAUAGAUGGUCCAUUAUACAUCAGCUGAAUUUAAAUUUAGGUCCUGAUUACCGAUGGCCUCCCGUGGUUGUCGAAGAUGAGGCAAUCGAUCCACAACUUUUUGGAUCGAUAAACGUUGUCAAAGACUCAUGUGAUAUUUACCCCGGAGGCCACAUGUGGAUUACGGACAACCGAGAGAGGAAAUUUGUCUGGGACCUUGGAACGCUGUACAAAAUCAGGAGCUUGAACUUUCGCAAUUCAAGGAACAGUGGAUUUAAUGACAGAUUUCUUGAUCUCUAUUCACCAUGAAUAUACGUCCACGAGAGACAUCUAAUUCCCAUCAAGACCCACCUGAUCGCACCGCCGAAGGAUUGGAAAACACAGUUCAACCACGACCUGUCGUUCCAACCCCCGUCGAACCAGUGAAAGCACCACGCUCAACUGGAAUUCACGAUCCAGGCGCAAACAGACUACUUUACGCGUGCCACCCCCACCCUUUAGUGCUUCUUCCGGCCUUCCGCCACACACCUUCCAGUGUAGAAGUGAAGUUUGGGAACUUGACCCGCAUGAUUAAUCUGUCCGAACAUUCAUUAACCAAUAUCGGGCCCUACCCAACCGCACUGGGAAACUUUCUUUCUCCAGAAAUAGUUCAGGUCUACUACGGUAUCAUUACUAUGUACUUGACCUUUAGGCACAUGAUUAGAGUUCGUGCAUCCGACCGCAAAAUCAAGGAAUUCGUUCGAAUGUUUGAAAACAAAUUCGACGCGAAGAACCUGCCAUUAGAGGGAGUCAUUGCACCCCUGAUAAUGCCGCUUACUACUAGUGAGACAUUGCAACAGAAACACGACCAAGUGUUCUUUUCCAUCACACCAGACAUUCAUCAUCACUACGAUUGGAAUAACUUGUGCUUCAUCACACACCACUUGCAUCUUCUCCCCCAACAUUCCGUUGCUUCUGAGAGUCAUCAGACGUCAAAUUAAUGGUAGAAUAGCCGAUCCCAACAGAGCCAGGUGCUCCGAAAAUCCUUAUUGGAAUAUUACAACCGAAGCCAUCAGAACAGGACCACUCCAACAAGACCCACUUCCCGAAGUGAGGAUUGGAACCGGAAUAGCCACCACUCGCUACAUGCAAUUGAUGCCCGGCUUCAACUUGAGACCUCCACCGAUGCAUCAACCAGCUGAUUUCGCCCUAUCAGACCAAUGUGAAUGGCCAGACCCUAUUGAUCCAGACAAGCCAGACCAUGAUUGGUUCGACUUUUUCGGAUUUACAACAACCGGUCGCCAACACUUCUUCUCCGAGCUAAUUAAGCACAUCAGUGAAGGCUGUCAUUUUAUGAGCAGCUGUUGCACACUUGACGAUGUGACUAGAUCUAACUCCGGGUGCUCCAAAAUUGAGCUGCGUCUUCACCACAAAUACGAGACGCAGUACAAGAUGGCACUCUCAAAAGACGAAAUGGAGAUCACUGACAUCCAAUCAACGGACCAAGGCUCACUACCGCAAAUUUUCGUUGCGUUAGAACCACCUCAGAAGAAACAACGCUCAUCGCGACCCAAUACUGCCACCACUCGAACUACUCGUUCAGACACACAAGCUCGAGACUCCGCACCAAGCACCAGCAAAGGCAAAAGUGCAACAGGCAAAGACAAAUCAAGCCAAAGGGAAGCUCCUCCAUCACAAUCAGAGGACCGCGACGAUCAAGAAGAUGAAGACCCUUCACCAACGCCACCUUCACACGAAGACAUCGAAGAUCUCAUUUUCAACAACAUCCUCACCAGACACAAACAACCUGACUACAGAGUUCGUUUUGCACUUCGAGAACAUCCCGUUCCUGAUACCGCUAUCAGAAUGGCACUUCUCACUGAGUUCACAGCUCCUCCGCUGACGAUAAUAACCGAUGGAACACCGACCAAUAAAUAUCACGGACCAUUCUGGAAUGCCCACGUUCUAGACAUUGGAAAUCCUGUGGAUACAUUGGACAACGUCGAUCAAUGUAUAUCAUCUGACUAUAUCAGAUUGCAAUCUAUUCGUUCAAAAUUGUAAAUAACUAUA